AUGAAUGGAAUGUCUGACGAGCAAAAACAAGUGAUGGAAAAGGUGAGACGAGGAGAAUCUCUAGUCGUGACAGGAUGCGCCGGAACAGGCAAGAGCUAUUUACUUCACAAGAUGGUUUCCAUGUUAAAAAUGCUUGACAAAAAUUAUGCUGUGACUGCUGCCACAGGAAUAGCUGCAGUCAACAUUGGAGGCGUCACACUUCACAGCUUACUCGGCUUAGAUCCAGACGGAAACUGCAAUGCAAUUUGGGGUAAGAAGAAAGAUAUAAAGUCCCUUGAGGUUUUAAUCAUUGACGAGAUCAGCAUGGUGAGCGCAGAAUUAUUUGAAGUGACCAGCUUUUUAAUUUCAUUGGUUUGCUUCUAUUCAGACAUCAAACGGCAACACAACUUGAAUCAAAAACGAAAUGACCAAAUCAAAUGGACCCUCGGUAGAAUUUAUGACCAAGCAAUCCCAUUCUAUUUGGUAGAAGGAUUUCCACACUUUGGAGGUAAACAAAUUAUAUUAUCUGGAGAUUUUAUGCAAUUGAAUCCAGUACCCAGAAGGUUUAAUGACUCAGAUGGUUCCUAUAACAAUUCUGGAAAAGACAAACAAUUCAUGUUUCAAUCACCUCUGUUUUACAAAAUUUUUAAACCAGAAAAUAUUGUCCUAUUGAAGCAAAUUUUCAGACAGACCGAUCAACCAGAGUUUUUAAAAGUGCUUAGUGAAGUACGAACAGGAAAUAUUUCAACAGAGACUAUUAAUUUUCUCAAGAACUUGCAAAACAAUACAUUAUCGAGCGUGAAUGGCGUAUUACCUACCAUGCUGUACACAACAAAUAAGGACGUCGACAAGGAAAAUGACUAUCAUUUGAACAUGCUCACAACAGAAUCUCAACAUUUUUAUACAGAAACUAUUGAUCUUUAUGGAAAUAUUCCAAAGCCCAUGUACAAUCAAGUCAAGAAAAUUUUGGACAAUCAAAUUCCAGAGUCCAUUGUCCUCAAAGUUGGAGCACAAGUAGUCUUGACGAAAAAUAUCGACAAGAAACAUGUCAAUGGAUCGAGAGGAGUAGUGAUUGGAUUCAAAACUUUUGGACAAUUACAUAUUGAGGAAUGGCAAAAACAUAGAUUCUCUCGCUUCUCUCCAACAUGGAGAUUCAACAUAAUGGUGCCUCAAAUUCGAUUUAUGGAUAAUUCCACUUCUUACAUUCCACCAUGCGUUUUUCGAAUUCACGGACCCAAGGUGAAUGGAGCAGAAACAGAAAUGUGGAGAAUGGGAUUUCCAUUCAAAUUAGCAUGGGCAAUCACUGUACACAAGAGUCAAGGAAUGACGCUCGACUAUUGCAAAGUGAAUCUCUCUAAUGUAUUUUGUCCUGGAUUGUGUUAUGUGGCUUUGAGUCGAGUGAAAAGAGCAGAAAAUAUGCAACUAGUGGAUAUUAAUUGGAAAAAAUUGAAUUAUGUGAAUGCCGAUUCCAAAAAAUUCUAUCAAGAUUUGAAUGACAACUGUCUGACUGAUACCAGACACAACUUGACAUCAAGUUUGAGUAGUAGUUCAAAUAGCUCAAGCAGUAGCAGCGUCACAAACACAUCACCAUUAAGGAAACGUGCAUUCCACGAACACUCUUCUCAAAAUUUCCGAGUCACUUCCAGUAGUAGCGGUAGUGUUUCUCAAUUCAAUUUUGCAUUGCCAUCUUCGUCGCAAGAACAUACAUCAUCAUGUUCGGAUCCAAUCACUCCACUUUCUUUUCAAGCUCCUUCCAAGAAAAUCAAACAAGAAUCAACAGAAAUCCAAAUGACUCACCCUUCACAAUCACAGCAAUCAUUACCAAAAACAGAGCUCAAGUCAGAAACAGUCGUGUUGUGGUAUUGGCAAAAUAACAGUAAUUGGAAAGUAUACGAUCAAUUGUCACAACAAAUUGAGAAUGCAUAUCAAGAGUAUCGAAAGAGUGGAGAAUCGUCAAGUAAGCAACAAUUUAGUGUAAGCGAUUUGCACAUGAUUGACUUUAAAUUGAUGAAGCAAAUUAACAAACAAGAAUCGUGGAGGACAAGAAAGGUCAAAAGAGAGGAGCAAUUCGUAACAAAGUUAACUAAAAUCGAGUAA